AUGGCAAAUGUGAUUUCGUACUACUUAGAUCUAAAAGGACCAUCUUAUACUGUCGAUACAGCAUGUAGUCUUUAUGCCAUGGCUCUUGGUUAUCAUUGUAUUAUGUCGGGAAAAUGCGAAGACGCGAUAAUUGGAGCUGGAAAUCUAUGUGUUUUAUCACCUGAGGGUUAUUGCAGACCUUUCGAUUCCAAUGGAAACGGUUAUUCGCAUAGCGAAACAGUGGCGAUAGUAUACCUUCAAAAGGCAAAAAAUGCGAAGAGAAUUUAUGCUAUAUGUCCGCAUAUAAAAUUAAACAACGACGGUUACAAAGAAGUAGGAAUAACACAUCCAUCUUUGCUAAUGCAAAGUAUUUUACUAAAGGAAUGUUACAAUGAAUGUGGAAUACUGACAUCUUGCUUGGAUUACAUUGAAACACACGGUACGGGUACCAAAGUUGGCGAUUUGCAGGAAGUCACUGCUAUCUGUAACAGUUUGUGUAAAAAUAGAGAAACUCCAUUAAUGAUCGGCUCCGUAAAAUCCAAUCUUGGUCAUGGUGAACCUGCAAGUGGUUUUAUUCAAAUCGCUAAGGUAAAAGUGACUGCUAUUUUUAUUUAUUACUAUAGAAUUUGCUUUUAUUUUACGCACAUUUGCGCAUAUCGGGUAUUCUCCACCCUCACCAUUAUCGUUAUCGAUGUCAUUAUUGUUAUUGUCACCACGCACUACGUCAACGGUUUCAACCACGUCGCGGUGCGGACGUUUCCGUAA